CCUUUUUCAGUCUUCCCGGAAGCAAGGGCCCGUGCCUUCUGCGUUCCGCUAUCCUCUCUCCUCUAGCUCCUUGGCCUGGAGUCUCAGAGUGGCGGAGGUAUGGAGGAGAAAGUGGACUCCAGUACAGACGGCUCGUGUUUGGUAUCCGCACAGGAGAUUGAAAAGUGGAUGGAAGAGGCGAUGCGAAUGGCCAAAGAAGCACUUGAAAAUACUGAAGUUCCUGUUGGCUGCCUUAUGGUCUAUAACAAUGAAGUUGUGGGGAAGGGAAGAAAUGAAGUGAAUCAAACAAAAAAUGCUACUCGACAUGCGGAAAUGGUGGCCAUUGAUCAGGUCCUAGAGUGGUGUCGUGCACGUGGCCUGGGUCCUUCUGCAGUAUUUGAACACACUGUGCUGUACGUCACUGUGGAGCCAUGCAUCAUGUGUGCGGCCGCUCUCCGCCUCAUGAAAAUCCCGCUGGUCGUCUACGGCUGUCAGAAUGAACGGUUUGGUGGAUGUGGUUCCGUCCUAAACAUUGCCUCUGCCGACCUACCUAAUACUGGGAAACCAUUUAAGUGCAUCCCCGGGUACCGUGCUGAGGAAGCCGUGGAGCUCCUAAAGACCUUCUACAAACAGGAAAACCCAAAUGCACCAAAAUCAAAAGUUCGGAAAAAGGAUUGUCAGAAAUCCUGAUGCUGUCCUGCUAAAAGACUGAUGCCCUUCGGAGACCUGACAGAAUUCCCAACUGAGAGCCGUCAGCAUUGCUGGUCAUGUUUAUAUGUUGUUGUUACGGGGUGGGAAAAUGGUGUCUCUGGUCAUUUGCUCUCUUAAGGGAACAAAUUAGCCCUUUUUAAAGAAUCUGACAGAUGUAAACAACUAUUAGCUCUCCACCAAGCUGAAAGACUGUUUUGGGAAGGGAGAAGAUUAAGGUUUGAGGUCACAGAGAUCAGCAAACAGUGCCAGGGCCCCAUUCAGCCACAGCUUGAACCCUGUCAGAAGGAAGCUCUUCCUAACUACAGAGAUGGCUGAGUGCUUGCCAUGUAGGCAUGAGGCCUGGGCCUCCAGCACCCACCAAUGCCAGGUGGGUUUGGUGGCCUGCCUGUAAUUCCAGAGCUUGUAAGGCAGAG